AAUCAGUUGACAGUUGGGCGAAGUGAACACUGAACUAAGGCUUUUUGUCUUUGGUUCGAUUUUAUGGCUUUCUUUUCCUUCAUCGUAUCAAAAACGAGUUCAAACGAGUCUUUUCUUCAUACGUUGUUGUAGUUUACUUUCCUGGAGUUAAAUUACUCCUUAUAAUUCGAGUUUUCAUAUUAUGAAUAUAACAGCGUCCUACUCUUCAGAACCUUCAUGGAGCAGGCGUUGUUCAACAGAGACCAUUUUCAGUAUUCAAGGAAAAGAAACUGAUUGACAUGGUGCGCGGGAUGCAGCCAGGAUGGAAUCUGAAGAUCGAUUUAGUUAUUAAGGAUAUCAUUUAGCUUGAUGCUUUGUUGAUAUAUUGAAUUUUGUUCAAGUUACAUUUGUAAAAUCUAUUUAUGUUUAGGCGUUUUAUAUCUGGAUUGACAUGUUUCAGUAAAUCAACAAAAUCAUAAUAUAAAGCUUCGCUCUGCAUCACAUAUCAUCGUGCUGUUGAAAUAUUUAUUGCGAUUUAGAUAAUUUUAAAGUAAUUGUUGAUAUAUCUUAAACAGGUAAUUGUUAGAUAUGGUUGUGCAUAAAUCUAUUUAUUCGUAAUAUGAAAAUAAAUAGAUGAUUUUUUAUGAUGUAUUGUUUUGUGUGUUAUCAAAAAAUGUGUUUGAUAUCUGAUUUGCGCAUGACCAUCGUAUGCGGUUUUUUGUUGUUGUUUUUAUUAAUGACAUUUGUUAUUUAAUUACUUAGUUUUAGUUUGGUAAGUAGCGUGCUCUAAUGUUUGUAAUUUUAACUUGUAUUUGUUUGGUUUGUGCAUGAAAUGUAAUACAUUUGGCGUUUAAAAAAAUAACAGAAAAAAAAGAGACGAGUAAAGAGAAAAAAAAUAAGGGACAUGAAGCAAACGUAAAAAAAAAGUUAAAACUUCUACCAAAAUCGAGUAAAAAAAGAUUAAGAUAUCUGAGGUUGAAAAAAAGAACAAUAUUAAGAGUAAAAAAAAGUAUCUAUAUCGUUAUAUAAAAAGGGGACAUUCGAGCAGCAAAAGCGGCAGCCGCCAGCCCGGAGACAUAGACAAUUCGCCGUGGCACCGUGGCACCAUAGACAACCGGUGUUGCCCAUAAGCAAAUGUUCAGUGUGUUGAUAUUUGUAGAUUUUGUGCGCGACACCAGCGACACUGAGCUCGGCAGCGAUGCGGAGCGCGAGUUUGAGCCCGUGACCGAGUCGGAGGACGACGGGCCCGUUGGCGGGGACACGUCUGGACACAGCGACAACGAAAUAAUAACGACGAAAGUGAUCGAAGUGUCCGUCGGCGACGAUGGCGAGUUACAGUUCGCCGACUCGGAGCAGACGGACUCUGACGGGAGCGACAGCGAGAUGGAUCUGUACGACUACUGGUUGUGCGCACAGUGCCGCGCCGAGAACAACAACCCGCUGUACAGAUACUGCGAGAAGUGUUUCAAGGUACGUAAAAACUUCUUCCCGCCGAGACCGAAGCGAAAACCGCGACGUAACAAACGACUAGACACAGACUUGCAAACGUUCUCCCAGGAAUCCGGGUUAUCCGCGAAAACCGUUCCGGAUUCUGAUAUUAUACCAGAUAAGGAACACUUACCUGACCCACAGUCGAUAACGGAUUCCUAUCCGAUACUGGACACCGACGUGGCGGAUCCGGAACGGUUCACGCGAACGCUAUCCCAAGACUCCGGCGUGGAGUCGGCUUUUAACAGCCAAGAAUCGUGCCAAGAACGGGUCAAGAGUGAUAUUCCAAAUGUGAUAUUAGGUAGGCGGAAACGGCGCGCGGAUUCCGUCGACUGUAACAACAAGCGGAUCCGUACCGACUAUACGGAUUCCGAAUCCGACGCGUCGGAUGCCGAUGUCCAACCCAUAAUCAAAAUGGUCAGCGAUCCCGCGCUGACUAUAGACAAUAAUGUAUUAUCGGAUGAUGUUUUACUGAAAGAGAAAUUGGAGGUUAAAGACGACAUGUGUAUAGUCUGUUUCACAGAGCCCAAGUCCGGCGUAUUUGUUCACGGGCGAAUAGCGCACAUAUGUUGUUGUUAUAAAUGCGCUGUUAAAGUUUGGGCCAAAGCGAAGCGGUGCCCCGUGUGCAACUGUAAAGUUAGCAAUGUGCUGAAGGCGGUCGUUAUGUAGUGUUUUCUGUUUCGAUAAUAGCACCAUCUGUUGAUUGAAUUAAUGCUCCCUCUAUUUUCGCUUUAGUCAAGAAAUAACUACAGAAUAUAAACAAUGUUAUCGCAAGGCAUGCAUAGAGAGCUUUAAUUGUUAAAAUAUGUUAAUGUUUAUUAUGAUUGUCACAUACAUACAAGUCAAAUAAUUUCAUAACGUUAUUAGCAAUUAUUUUAUUUGACUUAAAUAAUUUAGUUUUGAUCCCGUGAUCAUGGGUGGCCGAAUGGUCAGGUGUCGCCACGGAUCGGCGAAAGACGCGGGUUCGAAUCCCGCCUCAUGACUCUUUUUUUUAGUUUUUAUAAAUGU